GCAGUCGCCACGUAGUUUCCAAUGAGUGAUUUUCAUUUUUGAUUUUGUGGCAUCGUAAAAGUUUUAGAUUUCCGCGUAAUACUGGGUGAGGAUUUGUAGAACUUUCCGUUCGGCAAUACGCUGUACGCAUGACGUUAGAAAGUAGUAGACAGAACUUCAUGAAUCACAUGCUCAACAUGUCGAAAGACGAACAAACAAACGUAUCUGGAGUAAGCGAAGUUACCGAAUUUUUCAAUGGUUCGAAUGUCUUCGUAACUGGUGGCUCAGGCUUCCUUGGCAAACUGCUCAUCGACAAACUACUGCGAUCAUGUCCGAAAAUGGGAAAGUUGUACAUGCUCAUGCGUGCAAAAAAAGGAAAGACUUCGGAGGAACGAUUCAAAGAGCAUUUUCAAGAUGUUGUGUACGAAAGAUUGAGAAAGGAACGGCCAAACUUUAUCGAUAACGUAGUAAUGAUCGAAGGAGAUGCGAGUCUGGAUGACUUGGGCAUGUCAAUAGCCGAUCGAGAAAAUCUCAUCGAAAAUACCCAUGUUGUCUUUCACGCUGCAGCCACUGUGCGUUUUGACGAAUCUCUUCGACAAGCCGUCAACAUCAAUGUUAGAGGAACGAAAUUGCUGCUGCUUUUCGCUAAGCAGAUAAGGAAUCUCAAGUCGUUCGUUUAUGUGUCAACGGCGUAUUCACACUGCAUAAGGAAAGAUAUCGAAGAGAAGUUUUACGAACCGCCGAUGGACCCCGACAAAGUCCUGUCUCUCUGCCAGAUGCUAGAUGAUACCCUAUUGGAGCAUAUGACCAGCAAAAUAUUAGGCAAAUGGCCUAACACCUACGCGUUCUCGAAAGCAACGAGCGAGGAAAUAGUACGAGUUUACAGCAAAGACAUACCCACUUGCAUCGUCAGACCGUCGAUUGUGAUAGCAACUUACCGCGAGCCAAUGCCAGGCUGGAUCAACAAUUACUACGGAGCAACUGGGGUUGUAGUUGGCGCUGGUAUUGGCUUGUUGAGAUCUUUGCAUUGCAAGGCUGACAACAUCGCCGAUAUCAUUCCCGCUGAUUACGUGAUUAAUAACAUUAUCGUCGGUGCUUAUGACGUAGCUAAGCAAUGGCAAGAGAAACAGAAAAACAUUGAAGAUAAACGGACAGAAGAAGCGCCGAUCUACAAUUCCGUAUCUUCGUGCCAAAGGCCUAUUUCUUGGAUUACCUUCAUGCGUCUCAAUGAGCACUACGGUAAACAAGUACCGAGCGCUGUGGUAUUCUGGUAUUACGUAUUCACGCUAAACAAACAUUUGUGGGUUCAUAAUCUCUUCUGCUUUUUGUUUCACACUAUUCCUGCUAUAAUCGUAGAUGCACUUGCUAUGUUGACUGGACGGAAACCUAUGUUGUACAGAGCGUACCAAAAAAUUCACAAGUUUAGCGGAGUGAUAUCCUAUUUCUGUACUCAGCAAUGGAAUUUCAACAAUGACAACUUGCUAAGACUGUGGGAGAGAACAAGUCCUGUCGACAGAGAGAAGUAUGAUUUCAAUUUGAACAGUUUGGAUUGGGACGAUUACUUUUACCAUCAUGUGCGUGGAAUCCGUGUUCAUAUUCUCAAAGAUCCACUGCAUACGAUUGAAGUUGGACGUAUGAAAAUCAGACGUUUGAGAAUUGCUCACUACAUUAUCGUAACGUUACUUGGAUUUUUAUUGAUGUGGGCUAUUUACACUCUCAUGCAAAUACGUUUUUCUUCGUAACCUCGUUUCAAUUAACAAGCAUAAAAAUUCACUUUGAUAAUUUUUCUUUUCAUUAGUGCUUUUGUUUUUUAUAUUUCUAUAAAAAAUAUUUAAUUUUUCUUUUGACAAUACUGACGUAUUGGAUGUCAAAUUUAUAGUAACAUUGUUGACUGUAAUUUGUAACUAUGUAUAUUUUGAUGCGUGACUGCAGAGUCAUUCGAUUAUCGAAGCAUACCAAAUCUCAUUGAACAUUCGAUGUAGCGAUACAAUUGUUAGUCACGCAUAAUAGUCUUUGAAAGUUCAUCAUACUUUGGUCGAUUGUAAUUUUUCUACAUACAUAUAGUGAUUGCAAUAAUGCGACUGUGCAUUGUAUAAAAGCAUGCAUGAAUAUGAGUUUAUUUUAAUUCUAGAAAUGUAUUUUUAGUUUUUUACGCUUCGCCAAUUUAUAAUUUUAAUAAAUG